AAGCUGUAGAACUGGUUUUGUUACUGUAACAAUUAUCAAUGUUGGGUUAAACUAAGCUCUCACCCCAGUGUACCCUGGGGGUAACUGGUUUUGUUAACAAUUAUCAAUGUUGGGUUAAACCAACUGUGACACACCAUAGGGGACCCUCGGGGUAACAUACUCAUUCAGUCUCCCUCACAUUUUAUAUUUUAGUCCUAGUCCACAGCACGUUGGCUGUGCACUUUAGCUCUGGGUGGGGCUGCCACAUUUGCAGAGAAAACAAGUCAUGGCGGCUGCAUCGUCGAGUUUGGGGCCAGUACAACAGCCUCAGAAGGUAACAUUUGGAGUAUUUGGAUCAGGAACAGGACAGUUUCAAGGUCCUUUGGGUGUUACAGUGUCAGAGGAUGGGGAGAUCUUUGUUGUAGACUUCAGGAAUGAGAGGAUACAAGUAUUCACCCUACAGGGAACGUUUGUCCGACAGUUCCCAAAAGUACUGGGAACAGAGGAACAGGAGAUGGAGCCUACAGAUGUGGCCAUGGACGGGGAGGGGAACCUGUGGGUGGUGGGGAGAUUGGUGUGUCCACGGACAGACUAUGCUGAGUUUGCUGUACAGUACAACAAACAGGGCAGCGUGCUGAGGAAGUUUGAGCUACAGAAGUCAAAAUGCAUCAGAGGAAUUGCCGUGGACACCAGGAGGAACCACAUCCUCAUCACACAGACCACAGGAGACUGGCCCAACAUGCGUGGUGAAGUUCUGGUGUUCAGGCCAGAUGGAACGCUUGUGAGAACUGUGGGUCAGCAGCAGGGGAUGAAGAACCCACGGUACAUCACUGUGGACGGGGAAGGGAACAUUCUUGUGUCUGACUGUAUGAAACACUGCGUCUAUGUGUACAACGAGGACGGACAGUUUCUGUUCCAGUUUGGAGGUGAGGGAAGUGGUGAAGGUCAGCUGAAGGAGCCCCAAGGCAUCUGUACGGACAAGGCAGGGAACAUCAUCGUGGCAGACAGGGAAAACAGCCGUGUGGAGAUGUUUGACAAGACAGGAAAAUUCCUCAAACACAUCACGAAAGACAUUGGGGCACCAUGGGCUGUUGCUAUGGCAACACAGGGACAGCUGGUAAUAACUAAUACUGUAUAUGAAGAUUACUGUGUCAACAUAUUUCAGAACAUCUAAAU